AUGGAAGUGGCCGAGAGUAGAGAUGCGAAUUCCGUUGGUCCGCCAACAGUGGCCGGCUCCGCCGCCACCAAUGGCGAGCGAAAUCCAUAUCUGGACGAUUCGCUCAUUGACGACGACGGACGGUCGAGUAGCUUGAGUGAAAUCGAUGACCUCUACGAGAACAUCCCGUCCGAUUAUGAGUCUCCCAAACCCGAGAAAGUGGCUCCGGACAACGACUCCGAGGCAGAAACAGAGCGUAUCGAGGAUUCGCCCAACAAUCUUCGUCCGAGAACAAACAUUGUCGUGAGCACGACGAAUUAUGGCCCCAGCCCCAGCAAGCUGGCCCAGUCGACCACGUAUGAUGACGUCGAUGACGAUGAAGAAGAGCAUGUGGCCGAUGAUUCACCCAGCAAGCCUCGUUUAAAAAGCAACCGGGUUAUCGAGUCGGCUGAGGAAACACCUGCGCUUGAUGAUUCCACCCUUCGGGAGAGUUUUAACAAGAAACGAAAACGCCUUGAAUCCGGCGAUGCCGUGGGAGUUGAGAUCGACGAAGAGGACGAACCACCUCAGAAGCGCCGCGGCUCCUUGAAGAGUGAACUGAGCGAUCCUCCUGCAGACGAUAUCGCUUUAUCACCUGAGCCGAUUGAAGAGCCUCCGAAACCCCACGAGGAUGAUACCCCAGUCGACGACGUACCUGAAUCUGACUUGCCAGCACCUCCUGCUAAAGGUAAGAAGAACAAGAAAGGCAAACGAAAACCACGGAAAACUCGGGACGUUGACGAAGAAGUUGACGGUGCGGCUGAAACUGGGGCCGAAUGCGGUGGCGAUGAUAACCUGGGGGAUGAUGGCGCUGCAGAACAAGUGGACGAAGCAGAAGAUGGUGAAGCCGCGGCAAAACUGGAAGAAGAGUCGGCUAAAAGGAUGUCUGCUAUGGAUUCCUUAGCGGUACUAGAGCGAGAAUUUGCAACGUUGCGUGAUAAAAUCUACGACGAGCGAAUUUCCAAGUUGAACCGUGAGCUGGAAAUGCUGAGUGGGCCCAGCCCGACACACCCAGAACUUCUGCGGCAGCUGGAGUGUGUCCAGCGAUACCGUGAUGCCAAGAUUAAGUACGAGCAGACAUUGUUUCAGUAUCGGAUCAAUGCUCUGCUGAACAAGAGCCUGGCAGAGCGAGCCCAGUCGCAUAGCACGUACUUCCAGCGGGCUCGGGAUAUUCGCGAAAAGCAUUCGAGCUCCAUCAGCAAGCGGUUCUAUUCCAUCCAACAUGACCGAUUCAAGACCGACGAGGUCAGCCCCCAGCAUUACAUUCCGUUCCCCACGCGCCGUUCGCAACAAAUCACCCAGCAGACUGCAUACAAUCAGGAGGUAUCGAUUUUGGCUGGCGUCGCAAAAUACGUUGGUUUCCCGGCCGCACCUUCACUGCCUGCCGCACGACCGUCCGAGCUCGAGGAGGACCUGGAAAAGAUGGGCAUAUCCUUUGAAACAAGAGCCCCAGCUGUCCGCCAUUCGACAAACUUACCCCCGCGCGGGACAAUGUCGGUGAUGCCAUCGAACGCAUUCCGCACUGCUGCGGAGGAAGCUUUCCUGGAACAGACACCUUGGGCAAACCCGCAGCAUCCGAUCCACCAUCACCAGCUGCAACAGCAACAGCAUCAGCAACAGAUGCCCCAACGACCCCAAAGUCGGGUGUUUGAGAACUCGCGGGCCCCUGCGUACACAACCCCAGCGGCCCAGAAGCGAGUCGUGGAUAUCAAUGCGCCCAAUGGAUCAGCCUCCACAAUUGCAGAGAACCUGUCAGCGGCCAACUCUUCCACAAAUAACACUCCUUACGGCACCGAGCAAGAGCCACCGCACCAGACACAAGGGCCGUUCGGACAAGCUGAAUAUGAUCCUGACCGGAGAUCUGGAUUCCGAUCGUUAAGCUCCUCACCGUUAGAUGUACGGAAACCACAUGCAGCCUCGUACAGUGGCCUUGACCACCGAUCAUCGCAUGGCUCUUCGCGAAAUCCUGCCUAUUCCCCUCCUCCAGCGCGACUAGGUCUCUUCCACUCAGCAGCCGCAAAUACCUCGCCGCCUCUAUCGUCCAAACCGGUCAACUCCCUUCAUCAAUCAGCGGGAAUACUUGGCGGGUCAAGCUCGAGUCAAAUGGCCGCUCGCUAG